AUGCCCUUCAAAGUUGAAUCUGUUUAUAAUUGCUAUGCUGCUUUGGCAAGAUAUCUUCAUGAAAACUCUACUAUUGAAGGUGGUGUCAGAAUUUGGGAUAAUGAAACAUCAAAAAGUGAUUCUCUAACAUCAGAUAAGAUUAUAUCUUGUCUUAAUAAUGAUUAUCUAUCAAUUGACAAUAAUGAGGGAGAAGAUAUGUAUAGGUUAGAAUAUCGUGAUCUUAAAAGACGGAAUAAUAGUGGUCUUCAAUCAAGAUUUCACAAAGAGAAAAACAAUCAAGAUGAGGUUCUAUAUCAACAGCAUUAUAGUCAUACUAGAACACGGUUUAUCCCAAUUCCAUCUAAUAAUAUUAAUAAUCAAUUUACACCUGUUAAAGAUCUUCUUCUUUAUUUAUCAAAAUGUUUAUUAAAUUGUGAAGCUACCUAUAAUGAAGAUCUAGAAUCAUAUUAUUCUUUUCCAGAAGAUUCUUAUGUUGAUUAUGAAUCUGAGGAUAAUGAAGAAACGGAUGUUCUAGUAAUGGCAGUUCCAAGUACACCUAAUUCAAGUCAAAACUCUACCUCACCCAAACUAAGCUAA